AUCGACACAUAAAAGCAAAAAUCUCUAUUUAUCAGCUUGAAUUCCAUAGAGUUCCUAUUUUCCCCCCAAACGUGAAACAUACUUCAACCAUCGAAAAUGGUCUCUUCAGAAAUGGAGCCCUCUCUCCUUCGCCCUCUGAGGAAUCUUUUACCCAAACUUUAUCACCUUGAAAUAGCUAUGCUGGGUGCAAGAGGCGUAUCAUAAGAUCUUUAUACGAAAUGUACAUUAAACAGUAAUUAAUGAUAGGCAUCGUUCGAUUGGCGGACGCAAAAAUAAGGACAAAAAAUGCCGAAACUGCGUUCCUCGCUACGAUAAGAAAGUAUCGAGUGAACCGAAGUUUGGCUCCUACGUGGUGCUAUCGUACAAUUUCGGCAGAAAUUAAUUUCCACCCAAGUUGGGUGCUGUGUGGUGCCCAAAUUAUUGGGCAGAAUGGCUGGAAAGUGGGUGUGUUUUGCACUUUUGAAACUGUGUCCUCCUGUGUAGAUGUGUAGAAGAGUGUAAAAGGUACGAUUUUCUCGCCCGACCUUCCUGGAUGAUGGAGCUACAGAAUCAACUGUAUCUGAUGAUAGCGGUGUUUGGGGGUAUGAUCGCGCUGCUGUUGGUGCUUACGGUUAUGCUCGCUGUGUACGUGAAGAAAACGCGAACACUUUUGGAGGAUUACCGGAUGGGGUAUGUGUGUAUGAUCGUGUGGGGCAGGUUUAGAACGCUGUCAGUGCUAAAUGGCUCAUUCUGCUUAGUCAAUCCGCAGAUGCGUCGUCAUAUCCGAGCGGAAUGAUCGAUGCAGGCGAUAGGCGGGACCGAAGACGGAUGGACAACACGGCGGCCGCCCAGCAUGGUGGUUACCCGAUGGAUGUGUUUGCCCAUGGCAUGGGACCCAAAAUCGAUCAAACGAAAGCACGCAAUGAUUACAUGAACAAUGCGAGAAACAUCCACGGCAAUCGACAUCAGCAUCAUCACGCUGGUCCGUAUCGGAAUGAUGUGGAAGCGAUGGGGGGCUACAUGGGCGGGAAACGGGGUGGUGGUGGUGGUGGAGAGAAGCCACCGAAAGCCAACCAGCCCCACAAGCCCCCCCGCAGCCAGGCCAGCGUGGAAGACUCGGCGCUCGAGCUGGAGGUGGCCAACAUCUUCGACAUGGACGAGCUGGACGAGGAGGAUCUGUCCGACUUUAACAGUGGCCCGAGCGGGCACGGCGACGCCAAGGACACCCGCUACAUGGCGAAUGGGGGAGCGGACGGGGCGACCGGCAGAUCGAAGGGCCGGCCGGGCAGCGGGCAUCACCAGUACGAUCGGGAAAUGGGCCGGAACGGAGCCCACAUCGAAGGUCGCAGCAAUCGGUUCCAGAACCCUCACGCCAAGACCAAGGGCGGUGGAAAUGGGCGGGGCUUUGGGCCCGGUGGGGACGAUGGGGCGGGCGGCAAGCAGAAUCAGGGAUACUACGACGAUAGGGGCACCAUGUACUGAUAAGCGUGUGUGACAUUGUGCAUCGGCAGAUGUGGCCAGUUGUUGUUUGUAAGUGCGAUACACCAUUUUACACGUUAUAAAUAUGUGGCAGUUCGCUUUUGUUACAUCCGUGUGCAUGUGUGUGUGUGGAGUGAGACUGGGGGAAAGAACAAACUGUCAUACGAUUUGACAGUGUGUAUAUAACACUUAUUUUCUUAGUAGCACAGUUUUGUGUUGAUUGUUUUUUCAAUCCAUUCAAAAUGUUGAAAUCGUUUGACUUGUCUUGUUAUAAUUCAAGCAACAACGAGUUAAUUGAAUCAAAGAAAGCAAUUAGCCGGACUGUUGUCACAUUCAAUCAAACUGAUUCAACGGCAUGUUUGGUGUGCGAACGGACACAUCAUAAUGUUACAGCAGCCAAAAGGGAGCAAUUACCUUUUCUUCCUCUUUAUUUUCCACCACAGCCUCAUAUCUCCUACCUUUCCUACUACUCCAUUUCCGUUCGUUUGGAUCAUCUCCUCCCCCGUCCUAUGAUUACGCCAGCCACGAGACGAAUCCAUACGAGGAAGAGUGAGAGAAAGAGAGAGAGAGAGGGAGAGAAAGGAGGAGGAGGAGAGAGCCAGAUCGACUGCACGAUUGAAUAAAUUGUGUCGCGGACAAAGCCGGGACCGAUGACCGGUAUGGCCGUAACAGACGGUGACCUAAUUUCGCGUCUGCCGCUCCUGGUGGACGUUUUGUGCAUUGAGGGAGGGAUAAGAGGGAGGAUAAGUGAAAAACAACAACGAAGGCAGGCGAUGCACAAUUGCGAAAACGGGAAGACUGCAGCGAACCGAAACGCUCCCGGGGAACCCGAUCACUCAGAAUCGGAAUGCUCUGAGGAACGAACGCGGUUCGCUGAGUGCGAAAGUGGCGGGACAUACAAGGAGAUCUCUGGUCUGGUUGGAAAUGAGGGAGAAAUGGAAGAUGGAGCACAUUCCUUAAAGUAACUAGUAGCCUUAAUUUAAUGAAGUAAAAAUAGCUGCAAUAAUUACCUUGGAA